AUGGCUACCGCUCCUAUCGCGUUCGCGUUCGUUUUAGGCCUAUUGACACUGUUCUACAUUGUCACUAGAAAAAAGAAAGGAGAAACGAAAAGCCUCCUAAAGCUUCCCCUAAUCGGCGACUUCCAUAGCUCCCCCAUUGACAAACCGCUUUUGAACUGGGACGCAUGGACCAAGGAAAAUGGCCCCAUUGCAGCACCGAAGCUCUUUGGGCUUAUACCGAUUGUGGUGCUUAAUUCAUAUGAGGCUGUAACUGAAUUAUUCAGUCGCCGCAGCCAGUGGUACAGCAACCGUCCGUCCUCGGUCAGUAUGGAGAUGAUCACCGGGGCUGAGCUUGGGCAGUCGAAAUUUACUUUGAUGCACGACUACGAUGAUCACCUCAAGUUCCACCACCGCAUUCUAGCCCCCAGUCUCGGUAUUCUCGCUGCCCCACAGUAUCACCCCUUGAUGGAGCUCGAGUCCAAACAGCUACUAUUUGAUCUCUCCAAUGCUGCACGGAAAUUCUCCAACGGAAUCAUCACAAAAACCGUCUAUCAGCUGCUUGAGCGCUCUCAAUCGAGUGUCAUCCUUGCUCUGCAUUAUGGCCUCCGCAUCUCAAGCUUUGAAGAGCAUAUCUUGCAUGAGAUUAUCGAUACCCAGGCUCAAGUAACCCACCUCGCUGCAAACCCCGGUAUUCCAGAUAUUAUCCCGCCUUUGCGCCAUCUGCCGGCAUUUUUAUCCCCUUGGAAGCGGGCGGCCGACAAGCUGUACGCCACGCAAGUGGACCUCUAUAUGCGCCUGUUCCGGCACGGAAGGGACUCAGCAGGCUGGAAUUCCACCAAGCAGGCCAUUGCCACAGCAAAGAAGUACUCUGAAAACGGUGUAUCGGACCUCGACCUCGCUUUUACUCUUGCAACAUCCAUCCAGGGGGGUAUGGAAACUUCACCACGGCAGUUAUUGUGGUUGUUCAUUGCAGCGCUGCACCGACCGUCCUUCAUGUCGCGGGCGCACGCGUUGCUUGAUGAAGUAGUCGGGCGGGACCGUCUCCCCCAGUUCUCAGACCGUUCGAGACUUGCUUUCGUUGAUGCUGUGAUGCAUGAGCUUUUGCGUUGGCGGCCUAUUUCACCAGGAUCCAUUCCCCGUAGAGCGGACCGGGACGAUGAGUACAAUGGCGUCAAGAUCAAGAAGGGCGGUACUAUCAUUGCCAAUGCGUGGGCUAUCGGUCGAGACGAGAGGGUCUUUGAUCCCGCGCUGGGAGACACUCAGGACUUCGUGCCUGAGCGGUGGCUUCAGCGCGAUGAGACCGGGAAGGAAAGACUGCGAACGGACCUUCCGUUGCCGGUCUUUGGGCAGGGGCGUCAGAUCUGCCAAGGAAAGAGGGUCGCUACGGAUGGAUCUUUCAUGCAGGUUGCUUGCCUGUUGUGGGCGUUUGAUAUCGAGCUCGCUGAUGGGGAAGAUUUGGAUCCAUGGGCGAUGGUUGUGGCAGGGGGUGACUGGGUAGUCGGUGUUAUCAAUAAAGAAUGGGAGAUGGCGGAGAAGAGUCUUGGAAAGGUUAUGGGAACUGAUGUUGAUGUUGAAGAUGAAUGA